AUGAUUAUAGUAAAGGUGGUGGUGGCAGAGGGGGUGUCAAACAGCACACCUGCCGAUGUGGUGAGGCUGCGGCACGAGAGGGAGCUAGGGUUGGUUUUUCUUCUUCGUUUUGCUGCAAUAGAGGUGAUGAAUCUUUCUGAUUCUAUUAUUGACUUCAAUCAUCCAUGUUACCUCCAUCCUUCAGAUACUCCGGGCACUUUGUUAGUAGCCCAUCAGUUGCUUGGUGUUGAGAAUUACAAUGUAUGGAGUCGGACGAUGAGAAUUGCGUUGCUGGCGAAGAACAAAUUAGGGUUUGUGGAUGGUACCUGCUCUAAAGAUAUGGUACCGGAGGAAAUGGGUCAUCAGUGGGAGCGAUCGGCAGUAUGGAAUGAUCUUAGUGAGCAGUUUCACAAAAUUGAUGGUUCAAGAAUCUAUUUCUUGCAUCGUGAGAUUACUACAUAUUCUCAAGGUACAGUUUCCAUAUCUGCCUAUUUUACCAAUUUGCGGUUACUUUGGGAUGAGUAUGAAGCCCUUGUACCUAUGUCUUCUUGUGGAUGUGUUCAAUCUAGGCAGAACAGUACUCAUGUUGCACAACAACAUUUAUUUCAGUUUCUUAUGGAACUAAAUGAAUCAUAUAGUGCUGUGCGUAGUCAGAUUUUAUUGAUGAGUCCGUUACCGUCUGUUAAUCAUGCGUAUUCGAUGAUUAUGCAAGAGGAGUCGCAGAGAAAGCAUAGUUCUAGUAAUAUUGGGGAUGAUUUGGUUUCUUUCUCUUCAGUUCAGAUGGCGACCAAUAGCUCUGCUUCUGUGGUAAAUAAUGUUGCUGUUCCUGAUUCUGCUUGUCGUAGUGAAGCAGUGGAUUCCCGUGGGUCUCGUUCACAAUCACCAGUAUUUACACAGGAACAAUAUGAUCAGAUUAUGCAUUUGUUGAACAAAGAACCUGCUGCGAUUGAAGCUGCUACCAGUAUAGCAGGUAUGGUGGAUAUUGGUAAUAAAUGGAUCAUAGAUACUGGGGCUACGGACCAUAUAUUGUCGGAUCUUCAUUUCUUGGAAUCUCCUGUUGCAUGUGCAUUAGGAUCCCCAAGUGUUCGACUUCCAAACGGUUCUUCGGUCUCAGUCACUCAUAUUGGAACUUGUACAGUUUUGCCUAACCUUUCAUUGACGAGUGAUCUCUCCAGUGGAAAGAUGAGGGGGAUUGGUAAAGCACGAGGUGGUCUUUACAUCCUGGAUCCGUCUCAACAGACUUCUGUGGUUUCACCUUUUUCUGUUGUUGCUGUUACUUCUACAGGCUCAUCUAUUCUUUGGCACAAUAGACUUGGUCAUGCGUCAGUUUCAAGACUUAAUAAGAGUUCGUGUGUUCACACUCCUCAGCAAAAUGGAGUUGCUGAAUGGAAACACAGACAUCUACUUGAAGUGGCUCGGUCAUUAAAGUUUCAGUCCCACAUGCCUAGUAAAUUUUGGGGCGAAUGUGUUUUAACUGCUUGUUUUUUGAUUAAUCGUCUCCCCACUCCUAUCUUGAACUGGAAAUGUCCUUUUGAACUUUUGUAUCAUAAGUCUCCUGAUUUUUCUCGACUGAAGGAUACUUAUUGUUCAGUCUUGAAACUAAAUUUUUUUGUUAACCGAGAUGUUGUCUUUCAUGAAACGAUAUUCCCUUUUACAUUUCCUACCAAACCUUUUUUGUCUUUUCCUAAUGAUGAUACUUCUGUUUUUCUUCAACUUGAACCUUCCCCUUCUAUAUCUAUUCCCUCUUCUUCACCUUGUGUGCCUGUAUCUUCUUCUACUCCUUCUAUGUCUCCUGCACCUAACAAUAUCCCUUUGCGCCGUACUACAAGGUCUGUUAAGCCGCCUACUUGGAUGAAGGAUUACGUCUGCUCUAACCAGUCAUUCACUUCUUGUGCCACAGGUUUGUUUCCUAUUGCUAGUGUUUAUUCUUUUUCUCAUUUUCCUGUUCAUACUCAAUUGUUUGCUGCCCAUGUUUCUUCUUUAAUUGAAACCCACACUUAUGAUGAGCCCGUCUUGGAUCCACAGUGGGUUGAUGCUAUGCAACAAGAGAUUCAAGCUUUGGAGGCCAACGGUACAUGGGAAGUUGUUCUUUUACCUGCUGGUGUUGUUCCCAUUGGAUGCAAGUGGGUUUACAAAAUUAAAUACCAUUCUGAUGGUUCGGUGGAACAUUUUAAAGCACAUAUUGUUGGUAAAGGUUAUAGUCAAAGGGCUGGCAUUGAUUUUCAUGAUACUUUUUCUCCGGUUGUUAAGCAUGUCACAUUUCGGACAGUGAUCAGCAUGGCAGCCAUUCAUGAUUGGCCUAUUUUUCAGAUGGAUGUUUACAGUACGUUUCUUCAAUAG